UAAUGAAAAUUUAGCCAUAAUUCCCAGCCUCUGUGCCAAGCUCUUCACUCACUAGUCUCUCAACCUAAACCUAUCACACUUUUGCGACGUCGUUUUCUUCAGCUCAGCCUUUGUAUAUCGAGGAGGAGAACAUAAACAGAGUACAACGCCAAAUCAAAGGUACUGUGGUUUUUUUGGCUUGAAUUUUUUCAAUUUGUUAACUUUUUCCAAUUGGGUAUCUGAAUCCUGAACAUGUUUUUCAAUUUUGUUAACUUUUCCCAUCUGGGUGCGCGAGUUUGUGUGUGAGUGAAGAGGGUUCCUUCAUAUUUUUCCUACGAUGCUUGCAUUUUUUGAAUUUUUAAGACCUCAAUUUGUGUCCUACUAUCCUUGCUUUUACUUGAAAGGAGAAAAGAAACUAUAAUUAUGAAAUCUUUGGUCAUGUAAGUUGGGUUUUAUAUAGCUUGCUCAAUGAAAAAUGUUUAGAAUAUUGUGCUUGUAGUUUCUUAUUGUACUACAUCAUAAUAAUGCUAAAUCAAUUGAUAAUGACUUUUAAAUCUUAAGUAUAUUUACACAGGAAAUUUUCAUUUAGUGUUCAUCAACAAUGGCCAGAUGGGAUGCAAUCCUAUCUCUUCCAGUACAAAAUCCUCCCACAUUGGAAUUUUCUUGUGUUGACCUAGUUUGGUCAAAAGUGGAAGGAUGGCAUGAUAAAUUAGAUAGAGUUGCUCUUAUCCCAUUUCCUAGAGUUGAUGAUUUUGUGAGGGGUGAAUCUAAUAAUAAAGAAUGUCCUACAAGAUUUCAUGUUGAAGCAAGGCGCCGGCGGUCUCCAUCAACGCCUUUCAAGCCAAAGGUUGAUGGCAUACUAGAGUAUAUUUUGUAUUGGUGUUCCUUUGGUCCUGAUGACCACAGAAAAGGUGGGAUUGUACGACCAAGUCGUACUACUUAUGUUCCAAAGAAGAAAAAUGCCGGCCGACCUAAUACUAAGAGAGGUUGCACUUGUCACUUCAUCGUGAAACGCCUCAUAGCUGAACCGUCAGUUGCCCUGAUCAUUUAUAAUGAUGAUAAGCAUGUGGAUAAAAAGGGUUUGCCAUGCCAUGGUCCACAAGACAAAAAAGCAGCUGGAACACGUGCUAUGUUUGCCCCAUAUAUCUCAGAAGAUCUCCGACUUCGGGUUUUAUCUCUUCUAUAUGUUGGAGUCUCUGUGGAGACCAUUAUGCAGAGGCACAAUGAAUCAGUUGAGAAACAAGGUGGUCCAUGUAACCGUGAUGACCUUUUGACCCACCGUUAUGUUCGACGACAAGAGAGGGCAAUCCGUCGUUCUACAUAUGAGCUAGAUGCUGAUGAUGCUGUAAGUAUCAGCAUGUGGGUUGAAAGCCACCAAAAUCAUGUUUUCUUCUAUGAAGAUUUUUCAGAUUCAGAUCCUUUCUCUUUGGGCAUUCAAACUGAGUGGCAAUUGCAACAAAUGAUUAGAUUUGGGAACCGUGGUCUGCUUGCCUCGGACUCAAGAUUUGGUACAAAUAAAUUAAAGUACCCAAUUCAUAGUCUUCUAGUGUUCAACUCAGACAAGAAGGCCAUUCCAGUGGCUUGGAUAAUAGCUCCAAAGUUUUCAUGUUUGGAUGCUCAUCGAUGGAUGAGGGCUCUUUAUAAUAGAGUUCACACAAAAGAUCCUUCUUGGAAGUUGGCUGGCUUCAUAGUAGAUGAUCCACAGUAUGAUGUCCAAGCAAUCAGGGAAGUAUUUCAAUGUUCAGUUUUGUUAAGCUUCUGGCGGGUUCGUCAUUUAUGGCAUAAAAACAUAGUGAAGAGUUUGGAAACUGGUAUGCAAAUAAAAAUAUCCAGACAGCUUGGGUGGAUUGUGGAUAAUAUUUGCCGCGGUCAAGGAACCAUGUCACUCUUUGAAGAUUUCAUGGAAGACUUUAUUGAUGAAUCGAAUUUUAUGGACUAUUUCAAGGCCACCUGGCAUCCUAGAAUAGGAACAUGGACCAAUGCACUUAAAAUUCUUCCUCUUGCUAGCCAGGAGUCUUGCGCUGCAAUUGAAUUUUACCACAACCAAAUGAAGAUCAGGUUGUUGAAUGAGAAAGACAUCAGUGUUUAUCAGCGUGCUGAUUGGUUGGUUGACAAGUUGGGUACAAAAGUCCAUUCUUAUUUCUGGCUUGAUGAGUACUCAGGUAAAGAUGAUUUUGCACGAUAUUGGAAAAAUGAAUGGAUGAGUGGUUUGACGUCAUGGCGUGGAGCACUGAAGAUUCCAGAUACUGAUGUCUUAAUGGAAGAUGAAUGCGCUAAGGUUACUGACCAGAAUGAUCGAAAUAAAGCUUAUGUUGUCUGGAAUCCUGGUUCAAUGUUGAGCAUUUGUGAUUGUUGUUGGGCACAAGAUGGCAACCUUUGUGAGCAUAUCCUGAAAGGUCUUAGUAUCUGCCGAAAGAGAGAGUCCAUUCUACCAUCUAUCAGCUUAUUUCAGUAUCACCAGGCGCUAAAUAACAUGCUGCAUUGCCCACCCUUUGAUUCUUUAAUCCGUGAUCACGCUGUAUCAUUGGCGGUUUUAGUUCAGAAGCAGUUAAAUAGCGUACUCGAUAAAGAAAGUGUCCAGACUGUUGAGGAACCGAAUGAGAAACGGAUCAUCGUUGAUAUCCACCAGGAGAGCUCCAGGGUAAUAUUUGCUAGCCAAAAUCAGGACUUAGUUAGUGAGAAGCAUGCCAUCAAUGAUGUUUUAUCUCAGGAUGGUGAUGGCUGCGACGAUAGAAGCGAAGCUCCUCAAUGUGCAAUGAGUGAUGUUGCUGAUCAGGUUGUAGAUCUUGGCAGUACUAGAAAUGGCAAACCAUUUGAGAGUGCUGGAGAGGAAAGUUUACCUGCUGUCAUGGAUGUUGACCCAUCAUCAAUUUGUGAUGAUGUGACUCUCUCAAGUAAUGCAUUCCUAGAGAAUAAAGAGAGGGGUUUGACUACCACAAAAAAUGAGAGUUCAGCUUCCAAAAAUGGUGCUCUUUCUGAUGAUAAGAUUGAAGAAUGUAUUGUGGAUAAAGGUUGCAAAGAUGAUGUUAUGGAUGUGGAUCCCCAACCUUAGAUACCCCCUCAUUAACAACAGAACAUCUGAAGCAUUGUGAAACACAUCAUAAUGGUGUCAAUGGUGUUCCCAAAGUUUAUUCUUGCAUGAAAGAUGCUGAUAGCCACUUGAGCUCCCCUUCAUGAUGUAUGGCUGUUGAGCAACUUGCACAUAAUUUGGUUGAAAAUAGAGGUAUAGUCAAGGAGGAUGUGAAUUUGGGAUCAAAUGCAUGAAUCAAUACACAGAUGUCAAGUAGAUAUAGAUGCCAAUAAAGAUAUCAAUUAGUGGGACUAAUACAUUUAAAAUCACCAGCACUCAAUCAUUACAGGUCUAGUUAAUGCAAAAUAAAGUUUUACUAUGUUGAGGUUGAUAACUUGCAUGAAGCUGUCAAUGAUACUGAUGUUGCUGACAGAACUUUAUCAGAACAAAUUGCUGAAUUGAAGCUCUCUUUGGAUUUUUCCUUGUUUACAAGUUACCAGUGGAUACCAGAGAAAUUAUAUUUAUUCAUUUUUCAAUAAUGAAAAUUGCGUUGAUUAGCUAAGCUACUAUACCAAAUUUCCAUUGUAAAAAUAUGAGGCCUAAUUCUAUGUAGUUUAUAUUUAAUUGACCAAGAUAUUCUGAUAUGUCAUGUAGAGGAAAUAGAUGUCUGCG